GGCCCACGGGCUGGCGCGGAGGGGUGGCCCGCGCGGACGUCCGGAGGCAAAGCCAGGGCCGGGGGGCGGAACCAACGUGCCGACGCCGGAGGCUGAACGUUAGGCUGGCGGGGACGCGCGCGCGUCCUGACGGGAGUUGCCAAAACAAAGGAGAUUUGGUGAUGGAGGCUUUGUUGGAAGGAAUACAAAAUCGGGGACAUGAUGGGGGCUUUUUGACAUCCUGUGAAGCAGAACUACAGGAGCUCAUGAAACAAAUUGACAUAAUGGUGGCUCAUAAAAAGUCUGAAUGGGAGGGACAGACACAUGCGCUUGAAACUUGCUUGAACAUCCGUGAACAGGAAGUUAAGACUCUGAGGGGUCAGUUAGAGAUGAAGCAGAAAGAGGUUGGAACGUUGAAUCAGCAGAUAGAAGAAAAUGAAAAAAACAAGCAGGAAAUGACUCUGGAAUAUAAGCAGGAGUUAAAGAAACUACAGGAAGAAUUAGGCAAACUGAAGAGAAGUUAUGAAAAACUACAGAAAAAGCAUGUGAGAGAUUUCCGAGGCAGCGCCAGGAAUCACAGGGAAGAUCGGUCUGAAAUUGAGAGGUUAACUGGAAAAAUAGAGGAAUUCCGUCAGAAAUCACUGGACUGGGAGAAGCAACGCUUGAUUUAUCAGCAGCAGGUAUCUUCUUUGGAGGCACAAAGGAAGGCUCUGGCUGAACAAUCAGAGAUAAUUCAGGCUCAGCUUGCCAAUCGGAAACAGAAAUUAGAGUCUAUGGAGAUGUCCAGCCAGUCAGAAAUUCAGCACCUGAGCAGUAAGCUGCAGCGAGCCAACGACACUAUCUGUGCCAAUGAGCUGGAAAUAGAGCGCCUUACCCUGAGGGUCAAUGACUUGCUUGGAACCAACGUGACUAUUAUCCAGGAGCAGCGACUGAAAGAAGAGAAGCUCAGGGAAUCGGAAAAACUGUUAGAGGUUCUACGGGAAGAGAAGAGAGAACUGAUGGCAACACUUCAGUCUCAAAGUUUCAUCCAUGAGGCAAGAGUGAGAAAGGAGGAAUUACAAGUAAAAUUAAAGGCUACUGAUACUCAGCACACAGUAGAAACCAUAAGGUCACUCGAGGAGUCUCAGACAGCAGAAAGGAAGUACUCAUGUCAGGGGCAUGGGGAUUUAGAGAACGUGCUGUCGAAACUGGAUUUCACCCACACCAGUGAAGAGCUACUGCAGGCAGAGGUGACUCGUUUAGAAACCAGCUUGGAAUCUGUAAGUUCCACAUGUAAACAAUUAAGCCAAGAACUAAUGAUAAAAUACGAAGAAUUGAAGAAGAUGGAAAUAUAUAACAAUGAAUACAGGGCAGAAAUAAAGAAGUUGAAAGAACAAAUUUUACAGACUGACCAAAGUUACAACUCUGUGCUAGAGGGAAUGAAGAUGGAGAUCUCCCAGCUCACCCGGGAACUGCACCAGCGGGAUAUCACCAUUGCUUCCACCAAAAGUUCUUCCUCUGAUAUGGAAAAGCGACUCAAAGAGGAGAUCCAAAAGGCAGAAGUAAAAGCAGUAGAGCAUAAGGAGAUUGUGAAUCAGCUGGAGUCACUUAAAUUAGAAAACCGUCAUCUUUCUGAAACGGUGAUGAAACUGGAGUUGAGUUUACAUCAGGCUAAAGAGAAUUCACUAACAGACCUUCAGGAGAAUUAUAUUGGGGCAUUAAAUAAGUUAGUGUCCGAGAAUCAACAACUACAGAAAGAUUUGAUGGACACCAAAUCUAAGCUGGAGCUUUCUACUCAGAAGUGCCAAAAGUCCCCUGACCUUGUCUUUCAACUGACACACAGCAAAGCACCUGAGAUCAAGAAUACAGAGUUCAAGCCAAUCCCUGGCCAACACAGACAUGAUGGAGUAAAGGCUGAACACUGUACAGCAGGUCUUCAUUCUUCAGGAGGACAAGCAGUGGAUAGUAUAGACCCUAUGUCCAGGGUCCUCAGCCCUCUGAGUCCUUCCACCAGCCAUUACAGCUCUACGGUCUCUUUGCCUUCCACUUUUCAGUAUAAAACUGAAUCUCUGCCUUCAGUCCUAGAUAUAAAUGAAGCCAAUUUUUCUGACACUGUAUCUGAAAGUAUAAGUGACGCAGAAGAGCUACCUUUGUGUCCCGUACCUGUAUCUCCUCUGGGUUCGGUAGCAGCAAGAUUUUUGGAGGAGGAGGAACUGAGGUCUCAUCAUAUUCUAGAGCGCCUGGAUGCCCAUAUUGAAGAACUAAAGAGAGAGAGUGAAAAGACGGUCAGACAGUUCAGAGCCCUUGUGUAGUUGCUUCGGUACUCAUCAGUUUGGAAAUAAACCCAGAGAAUCAACUGUCUUCUGAAGAAACAGCUCUGUAGACAUGAGCACAGAAGCAUUACCAACGUGAGGCGCUCGAAAGGACUUAGCCGGAACCCCAGCAAGCCAGUACUUCGUGGGCUUAACCAUGCUGGUUUGCUAGAAGAACUUCUAGCAGUAAUAAACCACUUUGCUGAUCUUUUCUCAUAAUAGUAUACUUACUGUCAUAGUGAUAUUUUUUUCUUACUGACUUAAAUGUGAAUGCUGUAGACUAUAAGGAUUUGAUGAUAUUUCUUUAAAAUAAAGCAACUGCAGGAACUUUGUUUAAG